AUGUCGCAGCCUAUUCUCGCCGUCGAGCGCGACGCCGCAUCCCGCACAAACAAAGCUACACCGAAUCUCCUGCCUUGUCGCAUCCACCAUAACGGCCCCGUCGACCCCGUAGCCUCAUAUUGGAAUCCAGAGCGUGUCGAUGGCACCACCGGUACAGCUUACUUCCGCGGGAGGAAACUGCAAGGAACGACAGUCCCCAUCCCCAACGAUUUUGAGGGCGUCGUUGUCGAGCGGAAGCAGCUAGAAGGCCCAGUCGCACCGUCAGAUCCGGCGGGUCACGGGCACGGCGUCGUUGGGGAUGCUGACGCCGAUGCCGCCGAGGAAGGGGUCAUGCGCGUUACUGCACAUUUCGAUGAGAUAGCCGUCUGGUCACACGACGUCGCCGCCGAUUCCGCGUUCGACCCCUACAUCAGGAGCAUUGAGGAAUGGCUCCACGUAUCAGAACAGAUUCAUUCCCAUUCCCAAACCGAGGUCGGGCAGCCCGCUGCCAAAUAA